AUGGCUUGCACAACAUAUUUGACCAUGUGUGAACAGUGUAAGGCCCAUUAUACAAAGCUCCGAGAGCACGGCCGACAAGCAGCAAGUCUUGCAUACGAAACAGGAACGUACCCGAUGGUCUUCAAGUGCAAGACCCUAGUCAAGACCGUCACAGAUGCCCCGACUGUCGAAAGCAUUGAAGUAGCCCUAAAAGACGUGAAAAAAAGGCUUAAGAAGCACUACAAGAAGAAGAAAAAGGAAGAUUUUGGGGUGUUUAUUGGUGGCCACCAUAAACUAAAGGGGAAUCUCCUGACGAUUUACAUGAAUGUCCUUAUUGACUUCCUUUGUAAAAUUGACAAAGACGAUGACGCGAGGAUCUGGGCUCUUAAUUACUUUCCGGUUGAGGUCAAGUAUAAGCAGCCCCAGCACCUACAGGAUGGGGACUCGAAGACUGGACAGGCAGUCCAUUUACUCUGGGCGGAUUGGGAGGCAGUGUAUCCUAAGAACGAGCACCAUUUAAGUGAAACACGACUUGAGUUUUUCAUGAAAGUCGAUGGCUCAAUGUCGCCUAUCACUACUCGGGAAGAAUUAUCUACCUAA